AUGGCUUUCCGCCCGCUAAAGUCCAACUUUCCCCAACAUCAGGCUCGCGGCCAGAGCUCCCAGAGCUCCAAUAUGUCGCUCCGAAUCAAUAUUCCUCCGGCCACUCGAUUCUGUCUUAUCAGCCUUCUCAUCCUCUCCCUUCUGUACAAUAUUGCCAGAUGGCGCCAAAUUGACACCACCGGCGGAACCCCAACAACCUCUCCUCUUGUACCAUACUUGACUCUUGUCCCAUCCUACUUCUAUUACUACCCCUGGACCCUGGCCACAGCCACCUUUGUCGAGCAAAAUAUCUUUACUGUUCUUCUGAACUCCGCAACCAUCUUCUAUGGCGGAAAGUACCUUGAACGCGCGUGGGGCUCGCGCGAGUUUAGCAAGUUCAUUGCUGCGAUCGCCGUGAUCCCAUGUGUGUUUAUGAUUCCUAUCUACCUACUCUGGAGUGCUCUUGGAGGCUCCUCGAGCACAUCCCUCACUCAAAUCUGCGGCGGUGUUUCCAUCCAAGCCUCCUUCCUCGUUGCCUUCAAACAACUCGUCCCAGAACACACCGUGACCAUAUUCAAGGGCUUGGUGAAGAUGCGCGUCAAGCAUUUCCCCGCCCUGUUCCUCCUCCUCAACACCAUCAGCGGCGUCGCAUUCGGAACAGACACAGCCGCGAUCCUGGCGUGGCUCGGUAUCCUCACCAGCUGGACCUACCUACGUUUCUUCAAGCGUCAGCCCGACCUGACUGGUACAUCUAGUACCGGCAGUGGCAUCAAAGGCGAUGCCAGCGAGACCUUCGCCUUCGCCUGUCUCUUCCCAGAUAUCAUGCAACCGCCCAUCGCGUUUGUCGCAGACCAGGUCUACACUCUGCUUGUGGCAGUCAAGAUUUUGAAACCCUUCUCCGAAGACGAUAUUGCCUCUGGCAAUGAACAGGUGCUGGCCCGUGGUGAAGCAGGCUUGCCGACGUUGUUGAGUUCCCGCGGCGGCGCGAGGGGAGCAGGCAAGCGCGAAGAGGCGGAACGGAGGCGGGCUGUUGCCCUCAAGGCUUUGGAUCGAAGGCUACAGGCUGCCACUAUUCCACGACCGCAGCCGCCUGUCGGUGGGCCCUCUUCCCAGCGUCCUGUGACACCUCCCUCGGCCGUGACUGGUCAGAGUAUGCUUGGCGAAACGAGUUACAAUCCCGACCAUGAAUGA